CUUCAGUUAGAUAACAACAACAUACAUCACAGUGUUGCGAACUUUUUGAAUAAUCAUCAGGCGACGACAACGACAACGGCGUCGGAUCGCAAAAUGGAGCGGAAUGCCGCGUCGCCCGCACCCUCCGAACAGCAAUACGCCCUCAAAUGGAACGACUUCCAAUCUUCCAUUCUGUCGUCGUUUCGUCAUUUGCGCGACGAGGAAGACUUUGUCGACGUGACUCUCGCAUGCGAUCAACGCUCAUUCACCGCACACAAAGUCGUCUUGAGUGCAUGCAGUCCGUAUUUUCGCAAAUUACUCAAAGCCAAUCCCUGCGAACAUCCGAUCGUGAUUCUGAGAGACAUUAGACCUGAAGAUGUAGAGAGUUUAUUGAGAUUUAUGUAUAACGGCGAAGUUCACAUUGGUCAAGAGCAACUUCCGGACUUCCUAAAGACAGCUCAGCUGUUGCAAGUGCGCGGAUUGGCAGAUGUUGCGAAUCCAGCACGUCUUUCGAGUACAACUUUGCAUCCAACGCCUCUUCCAGUGUCACAAGAUUUAAAGGUAAGUUCCUCCAACUCAAUGUCGACUUGGGACAUGCAAGACGACAAUUCCGCAUCAAAUCCCCCACCCCAAAAGCGUACCAAGAGCUCCGAACUGUUCAAAAAGCAGCAUGGCUUCAGUCCCGAACGUCUCUUGCCCGCCAUCAAUCCCCCGUUACAGCAACACGCCCUUACUCGUGAACGUCGCAGCAAAUCGGAUCAAGAAUCGCGUGAUCGUAAAGAGGAUCGCGAUCGCAGCAUGGAAUUCAAAGACUCGUUACUCGGACAAGCAUUGGAAGGCGGACCAACUCUCAUUGUACCAUCACAGACUCAUGCCGACUUGUCAUCUCUACAGGCUCAAAGUGCGGGCGAAGACUCGAAUGCGAGUGACGAUGCCGGCUCGGAUCGCGACGACGACCAAAUGGAUGGCAUGAAUGGCUCAAUGGAUCCGCGCACUUCCUCGUUUCCCGGUUUUCUCGGUUUGCAAGGCAUUCCCGGCUUUCCGGGACCCUCGGGCAUGCAUGGCGACAACUUCGUAAACAGACGUACCUUGGAAAUGCGUGUUCGUGCAACGGAUCCUCGUCCCUGUCCAAAAUGCGGUAAAAUCUAUCGAUCAGCUCACACAUUACGCACACAUUUGGAAGAUAAACACACCGUUUGCCCCGGAUAUCGUUGCGUCUUAUGCGGAACAGUUGCCAAGUCUCGUAACUCCUUGCAUUCGCACAUGUCGCGUCAACAUCGCGGAAUUUCCACGAAAGAUCUUCCAGUUUUGCCGAUGCCAUCGCCCUUCGAUCCCGAAUUGGCUUCUCGUUUACUCGCAAAGGCAGGCGUAAAAAUUUCGGCAGCUGAAUUGCGGGCACGAGCUUCUCCCACGGGCACAAGUAGUCGACCAAACAUGAAGUUGGAUAUGCGUGGCGAAGAUGGCGACACAGAUAAUGAUCCUGAGGACUUGACAAUGAGCGGGCAUGGACCUGCGAGCGGAAAUGGAAGGUAUUCGGAUCAGUUUGGAUUGUCGCCGACGGCUUUUAGUCAUCCAAAUACGACGAUAACGCGCGUUAGAUCGGGCGCAUUGACGCCAAAGAGCUUGGAACAGUUGAGUAAAGAUGGCGGAAAUGCGGCGAUGGGAGGACAUGGAGGUCCUACAGGUUCAGCGUUGUUGGAUACUUAUUUGCAAUUUAUUACGGAAAAUUCAUUCGGAAUGGGAAUGUCACAAGAUCAAGCAAUGGCAGCGUUCCACGCCGCAAAAAUGGCUCAACUUAACGCAAUGGGACACGGUUUAGAUAAACUUCCGCCGGGACUCUUGCCGCCCCAAAUUGACAUCGCAAAAGUCAACAAUAAUCGCGAUACAAGCCCAAAUUCCUUCCUCAGCAAGAUCCAAUCGAACACGAGUGUCACGAUCGAACCAGCGAACAACAAUUCGAGCAAAAUUCACGGAGGCAUGGACAUCAAACGGGACUCCGAACCGAUGGAUUUGGGACAUGAACAGGACAGAAACGAACGAGAACGCCAUCAAGAGGAGAUCAACAGCUCGGGCGACGAACGAAACUAUUCCGAUGAUGAAUCAGGGCAAGCAGCUGUUGCCGCAAACUAAGCAAAAAAUUGGUCUUUCGACAAAAAUUUACAUUUAAACAAAAAAAACAU